AUCUACCUUUGUCUCCCAAUUAAGACAUUUGUUUCCCUUGCCUCGAUUUUACCUCUAUAAACUAAAGAUGAAGGUUCAUACAUCCACCUCAAAACGCCCCACAUCCCGCCCAUAACCAUGAUCCUUCAUUUUCUUCUCCUCUUCCUCACAUUCUUCUUCUAUCUACUAAUUCCAUCUUCUCCUUUAGUCCUCUCUGCUUCUGCACCACCUCCUCUGCCUCUCCCUCUCCCUCUCCCUCUCCUCUCCCUUCUCUCCUUGAAAUCCUCCCUUAAUGACCCUUUCUCCACUUUCAAAGAUUGGGACCCUUCCCCUGCCUUUUCCAACCCUGGUUCCCAUGAUCACCCGGUUUGGUGUUCAUGGUCAGGUGUCAAAUGCAACCCCAUUACUGCUCAAGUCACGUCUCUUGAUCUCUCUUUUCGCAACCUCUCUGGGAUUAUCCCACCCGAGCUCAGGUUUUUGACUAGCUUGGUAGACCUAAAUUUGAGCAGAAAUUAUUUCGAUGGGCCGCUACAACCUGCCAUUUUUGAGCUCACUCAACUGAGAACUCUUGACAUAAGCCACAACUCCUUCAAUGCAACAUUCCCACCUGGGGUUUCCAAGCUUAAGUUUUUGAAAUUUUUUAAUGGAUUCAGCAACGAUUUCAUUGGCCCAUUGCCGCUCGAGUUCAUACACUUACAGUUCUUGGAACAGCUCAAUCUUGGGGGAAGCUACUUUGAAGGGGUGAUACCAGUUGGCUAUGGAAACUUCAAAAGAUUAAAGUUCCUUGACUUGGCAGGAAAUGCAUUGGAAGGUACUUUACCACCACAACUAGGAUUCUUGACCCAGGUUGAACACAUAGAGAUUGGCUACAAUGGGUUUACAGGCAAAAUACCAGUGGAACUUGCACUGCUAUCAAAUCUCAAGUACUUGGACAUCUCGAAUUGUUCACUUUCAGGUCUACUUCCUGAAGAACUUGGCAAUUUAACCAAGUUAGAAGAUUUAUAUUUUUUCAAAAACAACUUUGUAGGUGAAAUCCCAAUGAGUUACACAAAGUUGAAAGCUUUGAAGGUUCUUGAUUUAUCUAAUAACUUACUCAGUGGUACAAUCCCAGAAGAGUUAGCUUCUUUAACUGAGCUAACAUGGUUGAGCUUAAUUGGCAACAACUUUUCUGGUACUAUCCCGCAAAGCAUCGGUGAGUUGCCAAAUCUCAACACUUUACUUCUCUGGGACAACAAUUUCAGCGGCAUUCUCCCACAGAAACUGGGUUCAAAUGGGAAGCUACUGACUCUCGAUGUAUCAUCAAAUUCUCUAACUGGGCCACUCCCUCCAAAUCUUUGCCAUGGAAAUAAGCUUUUCAAACUCAUCCUUUUCAACAACAUGUUCACAAAUGAGCUGCCAAGAAGCCUAGUGAACUGCACAUCGCUUUCCAGAUUCCGAAUCCAAAACAACCUCCUCAAUGGUACCAUACCAUACGGCUUCGGGCUCUUAAGGAACUUAACAUUUGUGGAUGCGAGUAAGAACAAGUUUACAGGCGAGAUUCCUGGGGAUCUUGGCUAUGCACCAAUGUUGCAGUACCUUAACAUCUCGGAGAACGAUUUCAACAACGAACUGCCAAGCAACAUAUGGAGUGCACCGAGCUUGCAAAUUUUUUCAGCAAGUUCAUCUAAGCUCACAGGCGAAAUACCAGAUUUUGUUGACUGUAAUAACGUGUACAAUAUCGAACUCCAAGGUAAUUUUCUAAACGGAAGCAUCCCUGGGGACAUUGAUCGUUGUCAAAAGCUCUUGUCUUUGAAUUUAAGCAGCAAUUUGCUUACGGGUAUAAUCCCAAGGGAACUAUCGAUGCUUCCUUCGAUAAAUGCGGUUGAUCUUUCACAUAAUUUGCUCACCGGAACUAUCCCUUCAACCUUCGAAAACUGUAGCACUUUGGAAAAUUUCGACGUUUCUUACAAUUUGCUAUCUGGUCCAAUCCCAUCGUCCGGUCCAACAUUUCCCAAUUUACACCCUUCCUCAUUUUCCGGUAACGACGGACUUUGCGGCAGAAUUGUAGCGAAACCGUGCCCGGAGGCGUUGGCUACAGGUGAUAUGGAAGCUGGUAAUAACAACCAACAACAUCCGCCUAGGAAAGCAGCGGGAGCUAUAGUUUGGAUUGUGGCAGCUGCUUUUGGUAUCGGCUUGUUCGUUCUCGUGGCUGGGACCCGUUGUUUCCACGCCAGUUACGGCCGUAGAUUCAACGAUGACCGUGAGAUCGGACCGUGGAAACUAACCGCCUUCCAGCGGCUGAAUUUCACGUCGGACGAUGUGCUGGAGUGCUUGUCGAUGACCGAUAAGAUCAUAGGGAUGGGGUCUACGGGAACGGUAUACAAAGCCGAGAUGCCGAGCGGCGAGACCAUAGCGGUGAAGAAGCUGUGGGGUAAGCAUAAAGAGGCGGUGAGACGACGGAGAGGGGUAUUGGCGGAGGUGGAGGUGUUGGGAAACGUCCGGCACCGUAACAUAGUGAGAUUAUUAGGGUGUUGCAGCAACAGGGAGUGCACCAUGUUGCUGUACGAGUACAUGCCCAACGGGAACCUCGAUGACCUAUUGCAUGGCAAAAACAAAGGGGACAAUUUGGUGGCUGAUUGGGUGACUAGGUACAAAAUCGCUCUCGGGGUGGCUCAAGGCAUUUGCUAUCUCCACCACGACUGCGAUCCGGUGAUCGUCCACCGUGAUCUGAAGCCGAGUAAUAUUUUAUUGGACGGUGAGAUGGAGGCUAGAGUGGCGGAUUUUGGGGUGGCUAAGUUGAUCCAAAGCGAUGAGUCCAUGUCGGUCAUUGCUGGCUCCUAUGGCUACAUUGCGCCAGAAUAUGCUUAUACUCUACAAGUUGACGAAAGGAGUGAUAUAUAUAGUUUUGGGGUAGUGUUGAUGGAGAUUAUAAGUGGGAAAAGAUCGGUGGAGUCGGAAUUUGGUGAUGGGCACAGCAUCGUGGAUUGGGUUAGGUCUAAAAUCAAGAAUAAAGACAGGAUUGUUGAGGUUUUGGAUAAAAAUGUUGGGGCAACAUGUGCAUCCGUGAGGGAAGAAAUGAUGCAAAUGCUUAGGAUUGCGUUGUUAUGCACCAGCUGCAACCCGGCGGAGCGGCCGUCGAUGAGGGACGUCGUGUUGAUGCUACAAGAAGCUAAGCCCAAGCGGAAACUACCUGCGGAGGGUGGCGGUGGUGGUGUCAAUGGGAGCAAUGUGGUUGUUGUUGGCAUUGAUGAUUCUAUAGCACAAAAGGCUAAACUAGAAUGUUAAUAUAUAUACAUACAUAUAAUAUCAUUACUUUUUACGUUUCCUUUUCUUGUAUGGUUUAUAUUUAGAAUGGUGGGGAAUUGGUAUAGGAGAAGUGGUUUUCAUUUUUUUUUUCUUCUCUUUUUUCCUUUCAAUGGAAUUUUCAAGUGCUCUUAUUAACUUCAUACAUACAUAUAUAUUUUGAAUGAGACUUGUAAUUUUAUCAA